AUGAAUGUCUCCCCAGGGGCCCCAAGGCUCCUCCGAGUCCCCAUCUUUGCUGUGGAGGAGGGUCAUGCACUGUGCUGGCCUGAUCCAGAGGAGAUGAAGGCCACCUGGCUCCUGAGACAACCCAGCCGCUGUUCAGAAUACAGAGGCUCCCUGUUGGUGAAACGAGUUGUGGUUCCAACCAAGACAGCGGCGCCCAGUGGAGCCUUCUGGACCGCGCUGCUCCUGGUGGCCUCUGUGUCCGAGCUCACCACUGUCCACGAUGUGAGACCAGGAGGCGUCCUACAUUCCUUCUUCCAGGACGUAGGGGCCCGGGGCAAGUUUACGUGCACGUUCACAUACGCUUCCCAAGAAGGGACCAACGAGCAAUGGCAGAUGAGUCUGGGGACGAAUGAAGACAGUCAGCACUUCACUUGUACCAUCUGGAGGCCCCAGGAGAAGUCCUACCUCUACUUCACACAGUUCAUGGCCGAGCUGCCGGGUGCUGAGAUGGAGUUCACCAUGGCCUAUUCCAAAGCUGCGUUUGAGAGACAGAGUGAUGUCCCCCUUAAAAAUGAGGAAUUUGAAGUGACCAAGACAGCAGUGUCUCACAGGCCCGGGGCUUUCAAGUCUGGCAGCACGGCUCAGAGCUGUGACUCUCACCUGCCAUGGGUUGCCGCCUCCCCUCCUCAGGCAUACUUGCCCCAACUCCUUGUCUGGCACACUGGUUCCCACAGGAGCUGGUGUGACCCUGUUUACAGCUCACACUGCAGCACUCUGCUGAACUCUGUGUCCUGUCACCCAUGUCACCAGGGAAGUGCAGGACAUGCUGGGUGGGACUGA